AAAGGGUGUUAAAAGAGAUUUGCAAUGGGGAAUUGCUCUGUCAAAGGGGUUACUGAUAUUAAAUGCUCCAACUCUAUCCGGCUUAUGACAGAUUCUGGUGAUAUAAUAGAGUUGGAAGGGCCUAAAAUAGUCCGGGAAGUCCUCAAUGACUUCCCGGGCUAUGGCAUUUUCAGGCAAGGUCGCCUAUCAUCGCCAUUGUUAUGCCACCAGCAACUUUUCAGUAACCGGUUUUACUAUCUCCUCCCACUAGGAAAGGAGAUGUUAGCACCGGGUACUAAGGCUAGUACGUACUUGAAUGAUGGGUGCGCGAACGUGCCAGAGCCGGUGAGGAUGUCAUCGUCAAGUGCUGCAUUGGAUGUUGUCACAAACUUAACCAAUGGGUCAGCUCUUGAAGUCCUGCCACCUCCUCAGAAGGGUGUGUGGAGAGUGAAGCUAGUGAUUGGUACCAAACAAUUGGAGGAAAUUUUGUCGGGAGAGGACAAUACCGAGGCCUUGAUUGAGACGAUGAGGAUGGCUGCAAGCUCAGCCAACGUCACGCCUAGGCGGAUCAAGGGUUCUAGGGGUGUGAAUUGGAAGAUUUUAAGCAAUUUCUUUAAGGUUCCAGUUGAUUAUGAAAAAAAAGUCAGGUAAUUCGAUGUCUGAAACAGCAGUCCCAAGUCGGGAAGGGUUAUUAGCUCAAUUGGGAACACAAAACUUAGUGUUCCAAUUGAUCUAUUUAUUGAAUUAUUGAUGAAUCAUAUGACUUUGUCCUGGUUAACUUUUAUAGCUUAGUUUGUACAUUUUGCUAUGUAUCUCUGAUGCUGAA